AUGAGGUCUUCUAUCAUCGUGUCCGCUCUGGCGGCUUUUGUUUCAAGCGUCACUGCUGCUGAUGGUGUCAAGGGUGCAGCUGAGGGCUUUGCCAAAGGCGUCACAGGAGGAGGCAAUGCCGCCCCGGUCUACCCCAACUCUAUCACAGAGCUCAAGAGCUACCUCUCCGACUCCCAGCCCCGUGUUAUCGUUCUCACCAAGACCUUCGACUUCACUGGAUCUGAAGGAACCGCUACCGAGGCUGGUUGUGCUCCAUGGGGAACUGGCUCGCAGUGCCAGCAAGCCAUCAACAAGGACAAGUGGUGUGACAACUACCAAGCCAGCGCUCCUAAGGUCAGCAAGAUCACAUACGACAAGGCUGGUAUGGCUGGUAUGCCAGUUGGAUCCAACAAGUCCCUCAUUGGUCAGGGAGCCAAGGGUGUGAUCAAGGGCAAGGGAAUCCGCAUCUCAAACAAUGCAAAGAACAUCAUCAUCCAGAACGUCCGUUUCACCGACAUCAACCCCAAGUACGUCUGGGGCGGUGAUGCCAUCACCGUUGACGGCGGCGACAACAUCUGGAUCGACCACGUUACUACCGACCUGAUCGCCCGCCAACACAUCGUCCUCGGCAACAACGCCUCAGGACGCGUCACAAUCUCCAACUGCGAAAUCAACGGCGCAACCGCCUGGUCCGCCACCUGCGACGGACUUCAUUACUGGGGAAUAUACCUCACCGGCAGCAACGACAUGGUCACACUGCAGAAGAACUACAUCCACCACACGUCCGGCCGCUCCCCCAAGGUCGGCGGAAACACCCUCCUGCACGCGGUCAACAACUACUUCUCCGCCAACACCGCGCACGCUUUCGAGGCCGACAGCGGCGCCAAGAUCCUCGCCGAGGGCAACAUGUUCCAGGACGUCAAGGCCGCGCAGCAAGCCGGUCUGCCAGGAAAGCUGUUCAACAGCGCGAACGCGGCGGCCUGCCAGUCAGGCCUCAAGCGCACUUGCCAGGCGAACUCGUACGGCGCUUCAGGUGCGCUUACGGGCACCGACACCAGCGUCCUGGCUGGCUUCGCGGGCAAGAACAUUGCUGCUGCGGGCGCCGCGUCGACCGCCAAGGGCGUUGUCAACACGGCUGGAUACGGAAAGAUCUAA